UUUAACUUAAUCAUCUAUAAACUAACUAGAAACUAUUUAGAAAAUAUCAAAACGUUUUAGAUAAUCUUAUUAUGAUCGAUCGAAUAAUGACCAAUUUAAUCGUGCUAUACAUUCUAGUCAUACUAGCUAUGAUAGUCACCGGAAGCGAGUCUUCUAAUACUCGUGAUGCUGAAAUAAAUCGACUCAUGAAGAAACUCAACAAACCUUUUCUUAAAUCCAUCAAGAGUCCAGAUGGAGAUAUCAUAGAUUGUGUUCAUAUGAAAAAUCAUCCAAUUUAUGAUCAUCCUUUAUUCAAAAACCACACCAUUCAGAUGAGACCAACUUCUUACCCAGAAGGAUGGAGCAAUAAAGAUUCAGAUAAUGAAAAACACAAUAUGGUUCCUCAACUUUGGACAAUCAAUGGAAAAUGUCCAAAAAAUAGUAUUCCGAUCAGAAGAACGAGAAAAGAAGAUAUUUUACGAGCAAAAUCCAUUGAAAGGUUUGGAAAAAAAGAUCCCAACAAUAUCCAUCAACAUAAACGACCAACCAAUCCAACUAACGACGGUGUACAUGAGUAUGCCAUACUUAAAGUGGAAGUAAAUUCUCCUCGAGCUAUGUUUUAUGGAACCCAAACUUUUAUAAAUGUGUGGAAGCCUUAUGUACAACAUACAAAAGAAUUUAGCUUAGCACAAAUAUGGAUGUCGGCUGGAAGUUAUAGUACUCAACUUGAAACCAUUGAAGCUGGUUGGCAGGUGUUGACUGCACUUUAUAAUGAUACUAACCCUCGAUACUUUGUCUAUUGGACUAAUGAUUCAUAUAUACAACAUGGUUGCUAUAAUACUAUUUGCCCCGGCUUUGUUGUUGUCAACCAAGCAUUUGCUCUAGGCGCGGCCGUUCCUGAAGUUUCUAUCCGUGAUGGUCUACAAUACGAAAUUUUCACAAGUAUAUGGAAGGACCGUAGUUCAGGGAAUUGGUGGUUGAGAUUUGGUACUCAUGUAAUUGUCGGGUAUUGGCCUUCUUUAUUGUUCAAUCGUUUACGAAUUGGUGCGACCGAAGUUGAAUGGGGAGGCGAAAUAGUAAAUUUAAAGGAGAACAACCAACACACGUCAACACAAAUGGGAAGUGGGUCAUUUGCAAUAAAUGGAUAUAGAAAAGCUAGUUAUUUUAGGAAUAUUUUCGUAACUGAUGAAAAUAAUAUUACGAGGCAACCUGUAGGUCCUUCUACAUUUGUGUCGGAAGAAAGUUGUUAUGACAUAAGGUAUCGCACUGAACAAGCCUGGGGAAGUUUCUUUUACUAUGGUGGUCCUGGUCGAAGUCCUUUCUGUAAUUGAUCAUAUAUGUAAGAAUAUUAUGUAUGAAUCUAUUUAUGUCAUCACCAUCAUAUAGUAUAUAUGUGGUGGUGAAAAUAAAGUUUAAGAUAUAAUUAUAGUUUUGGGACUAUAAAUAGUUUAAGCCAAAUUCAUCAA